UGCUCUGUUUCGUUCUCCGUAUUUAAGAAACCUACCUUUCUCACUCCUUAAGCCUCCGCGUCCGGCGCACGAUAGCCCUGACCCUGCUUUGCUUCUCCUUCUAUAUAAAGUCUCUCUCGAAUUGUCUUAUAACUUCUUUUGUUUGAUUGUCAUGCGAGUUUCACCUGAAAGUUCUCAGCUCAUUUCUGUUUAGAUCUCGUCUUCAUCGUUUAAUGAUCGGGGAAGAAUCCGAGUAUUCAAAAACUCUCUGAAUCAGGUGAUUUGGAGUUUGGCAUGUGGGGACAUCAGCGCGAGGCAACAUCAAUGUACAAAAGAAUGUCAUCAAGAGAUUAUUCACCAGUAACUGAUGUAGAAGAUAACUCGGCUCCUUUACAGAAUGAUAUGGGUGUGGAAACUACAAAUCCUCCUUGGCAACGUUCAUUCAUACAUGUUCUGGUGGCAACCAUAUCUUCGUUCUUAUUUGGCUACCAUUUAGGAGUAGUCAAUGAACCACUUGAAAGCAUCUCUCUGGAUCUUGGCUUCAACGGGAAUACCCUGGCAGAAGGUCUGGUGGUGAGUACAUGUUUGGGCGGUGCUUUUGUUGGAUCUCUCUUUAGUGGCUGGAUAGCUGAUGGAGUUGGACGCCGUAUGGCUUUUCAGUUAUGUGCUUUGCCUAUGAUCAUUGGGGCCUUGAUCAGUGCAACAGCUAAAAAUCUUGAGGGAAUGCUUUUAGGAAGGCUAUUAGUUGGGAGUGGAAUGGGUCUUGGGCCCCCUGUUGCAGCCCUUUAUGUGACAGAGGUUUCUCCUGCUUUCGUGAGGGGAACUUAUGGAAGUUUCAUCCAAAUUGCAACAUGUCUUGGACUAAUGGGGGCUUUGUUAAUUGGUAUCCCUGUCCAAGAAAUCUCUGGCUGGUGGCGCAUUUGUUUCUUGGUAUCUACAAUUCCUGCUGUGAUACUUGCCCUUGGAAUGAUGUUUUGUGCAGAGUCUCCUCAUUGGCUGUACAAGAGAGGAAGAAGUGCUGAAGCUGAAGCUGAAUACGAGAGGCUUUUAGGAGGGUCACAUGUCAAAACUGCAAUGGUGGAACUGUACAAAUUAGAUAGGGGGGAUGACGCAGAUGCUGUUAAGCUCUCAGAAUUAUUUUAUGGUCGGCAUUUUAGAGUUGUUUUUAUUGGGUCAACCCUAUUUGCUUUACAACAGCUAUCUGGUAUAAAUGCUGUAUUUUAUUUCUCUUCUGCUGUAUUUAAAAGUGCUGGAGUACCUUCGGACCUUGCAAAUGUCUUUGUAGGAAUUGCAAAUUUUUCAGGAUCUAUUGUUGCGAUGAUUUUGAUGGAUAAACUAGGCAGGAAGGUGCUUCUUUUAUGGAGCUUCUUGGGCAUGGCAGUGUCGAUGUUCCUCCAAGUUGCUGCUGCAAGUCCGUCCUUAUCGCACUCUGGAGCUGUGUGCCUAUCAGUUGGUGGCAUGCUGAUGUUUGUUCUAACAUUUGCAGUAGGAGCUGGACCAGUACCUGGUCUUCUCCUUCCAGAAAUCUUCCCCAGUCGAAUUAGGGCCAAAGCCAUGGCUGUCUGUAUGUCAGUGCACUGGGUGAUAAAUUUCUUUGUGGGAUUGCUGUUCUUGCGCUUGCUGGAGCAACUUGGCUCACAGCUCUUGUACUCAAUGUUUGCGACCUUUUGCUUAUUGGCAGUUGUUUUUGUGAAGAGAAAUGUAAUGGAGACCAAAGGAAAGUCGCUCCAAGAAAUUGAGAUUGCGCUGCUUCCACAGAACUAGAGGUAUUCCCCCAUUUGAAUAUAGGGUGGGAAGUCUAUGUAAGCUUGUGGUUUUUUUCUUGCGACCUGCCAUGUAAGAAACUGAUCCUGGAAAUGCUUCGAGCACCUAUCUCCAGGGAAGCUUGUUUAUUUACAGGGAGAGACAAGACUGAAAAGAGAACUCGUGGUUUUUGUCCAAGAAAAAAGAGCCAUACAGUUGUCAAGAUUUUGCAGUGAGUACAAGUUUGUGCUCUCUAAGGAAAACGUCAGCGUGUGUAUAUGUAUGAUAAACUAGGCUCCACCCAAUGAAAGAAAUAGCCUGAAAACUUUAUUAAGUUCGUUUCAGAGUUUGAAUUGAGGCAUUUACAUUUGCAAUGGCAGAAUAGACCAGAAAUAUAUUUUAAAUUGUAUUUCCAUUUCAUUGUUUCAGAUCUAAUGAUCAUAUACUCACAGUUUCCA